ACUAAACUGUUCUUUUUGCUGUCUGUCGUCUGUGUUCUGCUGAAUGGAUAUGCAGUAGCAUCUCGAGACAUUCGGUUCGUGUCCCGUGCAUCCAAAUGCAAUUUGGUGGAUGUGGGUGAAAACAAGAUUUGUUUCUGCUGUAAAGAAUUUAGUGGUGCCGAAUGCACAGAAGAGACUGCGCUGAAGCUCUACCAUGUGAAGUCGUGCAGUUCUACUCUCCACCUUCUCAAGAAAGUUCUCAUUGCUCUUUGUGUCCUGAGUGCUCUCAGCACCACAGUUUCCUUGGUAGUGGUUGCCCAGCGUUACUGGCACAUUAUUACAGCAAGAAGAUCCUGCGUAGACGAAUCUCAGAUUGAAGACCAAAACAGUAUUUUGGAUCCUGAUGAUUUUGUCCCACCUGUGCCGCCUCCCUCGUAUUUUGCAACUUUUUGUUCUUAUACUCCACAAAUGAGUUGCAGGAUGCCUGACUCUGAUGUGAUUCCGUUGACCCGUAUUUACGGAGGGCAAAUCAAAGCCUUUGAAAUGCUCUGCCCUCUGGACCCACCUCCUGCUUACAAAGCUCAGUGGAAACAGAACAGCUCUGAGCAGGAAGGUGUGGUACAAAAAAUUAUCGUGGAUGAUGUUGAUUUGGGAGAAGUGAGUGACAGGCAGGCAUCUCAAGGUAAAGAAAUUCCUGAAUCGUCCAGCAGAGUGAGCCUUUCGCCUUCAGAUGCUAGCCGGCUGCCUGCAGAGGUCGUGCACAAGGGAGUCUUCAAUCUCUUGCAGAGACAGUCUGGAAGUGACCCUGUGCUGCACUGCCGGUUGCUUCAAGGGCUGGUGCUCAGCUGUGAAGAUUCAAUGCAGACUGAAGUAAAACCACAACUCUGCAGCAUUACCUUGUGGAAGAGUUUGAAAAUAAGAGCUUUGAGAGGAAGACCCCAAUCUUUGAUAGACGGCAAGUCUUAUGCAGACACUGAACGGCCUGUGUUGUGGAUCCUGGAGCAGUCCUCCUGCAGCAUGAACCCUGACGUACACGAAUUGGUGGAAAACAUAAAGUCUGUUUUAAAAUCAGAUGAGAAACAUGUGGCAGAAGCUAUCACCAGUGCCACCUUCCUUGAGCAGGUAGUUUUAUUACUUGCAGUUAUUGGUGUCCGUGUGUUACCUUUCAGACAGCACCCUGGAUUGCCGUACCUGGAGAGCUGGGGUGACCUGAGUACUUUCACCACAGAUGAAGAUCAGGCAGCAGAGAGGAGGAGCUAGAGAGCAAAGCAAGAAUGGCCUUAUAGUCACAUUGGUGUUGUCAGGGAAACUGUACUUUGA